UUAACGGACUGGGCACGCUCACUCAGUCGAAGAAGUAGCCGCACGGUAACUGCUGUAAAGACAGAUCUUCCUGCGCUGUUUCUCCUGCCUUUUGUCUCAGGAGCUGAGCACUCACGGCAUCGGUAGAGCUUUAUUUCGAAAUGAAACGAGUUUGGGUAGUAGGGCUGCUUUUCACACUCCUAGCCUUCGCUGCUGUAAGGGCUGAGGAUGAAGUGGAUGUGGAUGGCACAGUUGAAGACGACCUGGGAAAGAGCAGAGAUGGCUCCAGAACAGAUGAUGAGGUGGUGCAGAGGGAGGAGGAGGCUAUCCAGCUGGAUGGUUUGAACGCUUCUCAGAUUAAGGAACUCAGGGAAAAGUCUGAAAAACAUGCUUUUCAGGCAGAAGUCAAUCGUAUGAUGAAGCUCAUUAUCAACUCUCUCUACAAGAACAAGGAGAUCUUCCUCAGGGAGUUGAUCUCUAAUGCCUCAGAUGCUCUGGAUAAGAUCCGGCUGUUGUCGCUUACUGACGAAUCAGCGAUGGCAGCAAAUGAAGAGCUCACCAUCAAAAUUAAAUCUGAUAAGGAGAAGAACAUGCUCCACAUCACUGACACCGGUAUCGGAAUGACCAAAGACGAGUUGGUGAGAAACUUGGGCACAAUCGCCAAGUCGGGCACCAGCGAGUUCCUCAACAAGAUGACGGAGAUGCAGACUGAGGGGCAGUCUACGUCCGAGCUGAUUGGCCAGUUCGGAGUGGGUUUCUAUUCUGCUUUCCUUGUUGCUGACAAGGUCAUUGUGACAUCCAAGCACAACAACGACACCCAGCACAUCUGGGAGUCGGACUCCAACCAGUUCUCGGUCAUCGAGGACCCCCGUGAGGACACACUAGGAAGGGGAACCACCAUUACACUGGUCCUGAAGGAGGAGGCCUCAGACUUCCUUGAACUAGAAACCAUCAAGAAUCUUGUGAAGAAAUACUCCCAGUUCAUCAACUUUCCCAUCUACGUUUGGGCUAGCAAGACUGAGACGGUUGAAGAGCCCAUCGACGAUGACGCUGAGGCAGAGGAACCAGAGAAGGAGGCUUCUGAAGAUGAGGCUGAAGUAGAGGAAGAGGAGGAGGAUAAAGACAAGCCAAAGACUAAGAAGGUUGAGAAGACGGUUUGGGACUGGGAACUGAUGAAUGACAUCAAGCCAAUCUGGCAGAGACCGGCCAAGGAGGUUGAAGAGGACGAAUACAAGGCCUUCUACAAGACCUUCUCGAAGGACAGUGACGACCCCCUGGCUCACAUCCACUUCACUGCUGAAGGUGAAGUUACCUUCAAGUCCAUCCUGUUCAUCCCCACGUCGGCUCCACGUGGCCUCUUUGACGAGUAUGGCUCAAAGAAGAACGACUACAUCAAGCUGUUUGUCAGGAGAGUUUUCAUCACAGACGACUUCAACGACAUGAUGCCCAAAUACCUGAACUUCAUCAAGGGAGUGGUUGACUCUGAUGACCUUCCUCUGAAUGUGUCUAGAGAAACUCUGCAGCAGCACAAACUGCUCAAGGUCAUCCGCAAGAAGUUGGUCCGUAAGACUUUGGACAUGAUCAAGAAGAUUGCAGAUGAUCAGUACAACGAAAAAUUCUGGAAGGAGUUUGGAACCAAUGUCAAACUGGGCGUCAUCGAGGACCACUCCAACAGAACCCGUCUGGCCAAACUGCUCCGAUUCCAGACGUCCAACAGCGACACCGUCCUGUCCAGCCUGGAGCAGUAUGUGGAGCGCAUGAAGGAGAAGCAGGACAAGAUCUACUUCAUGGCAGGGACCAGCAGGAAGGAGGCGGAGUCUUCUCCCUUCGUUGAGAGGCUGCUGAAGAAGGGCUACGAGGUCAUUUACCUGACGGAGCCUGUGGACGAGUACUGCAUUCAGGCGCUGCCAGAGUUUGACGGAAAACGCUUCCAGAAUGUGGCCAAAGAGGGUGUCAAGUUUGAGGAAAGUGAGAAGGCCAAGGAGAAGAGGGAGACCCUGGAGAAGGAAUUUGAGCCUCUCACUACUUGGCUCAAGGACAAGGCCCUGAAGGACAAGAUCGAAAAGGCCGUUCUCUCUCAGAGGUUGACCAACUCGCCCUGCGCUCUGGUUGCCAGUCAGUACGGCUGGUCAGGAAACAUGGAGAGGAUCAUGAAGGCUCAGGCUUACCAGACGGGAAAAGACAUUUCCACAAAUUAUUAUGCCAGCCAGAAGAAAACACUAGAGAUCAACCCAAAGCAUCCCCUUGUCAAGCAGAUGCUCAACAGAGUCAAUGCUGAUGCUGAGGACCAGACCGCAUCAGAUCUCGCAGUGGUUCUGUUUGAGACGGCAACUCUGCGCUCAGGAUACCAGCUGGCCGACACAAAAGCUUACGGCGACAGAAUAGAGCGCAUGCUCCGGCUCAGCAUGAAUGUUCCUCUGGACGAACAGGCACAGGAGCCAGCAGAGGAAGAGUCUGAAGAUAAAGAUGAAGAAGUUAUAGAUGAUGAUGAUGACGAAACGCAAACCGGUUUUGUCCACAUCCAAAGACUGAAAACAGGAAUGAGUAUAGAAAUUCCUGAGGGACUGACGGAGCUGUUACAGAGCUUUACCGUGGAAGUGUUGAGGAAUCAGCCCAGGGAUCUGCUCGAGUUUGCGUUACAGUACUUCACCCGGCUGAAGGACAGCGAGACCAAAGAGGCCGCCUUUGGCAAUGACCAAAAUUCGGCCCCGCGAUCUGGGAAAGCGGUCAAUUUCAUUGACGAGGCCAUGCAGAUCGAUUCGGAGAACGGGGAGGAGGAGGACGACGACGACGACGACGAGGAAUUCAUAGCACCAGUGAUAAACAGAUUCAUCAGAAGAGCAUCGGUGUGUGCAGAGGCGUUCAACCCUGACGAAGAUGAAGAAGAUAAAGAGCCAAGGGUUACCCACCCCAAAACUGAUGGGCAGAGGCAGAGACUACAGGAAGCCUGCAGGGACAUUCUGCUGUUCAAGAACUUAGACCCAGAGCAGAUGUCUCAGGUUUUGGACGCCAUGUUUGAAAAGUUCUGCACAGAGGGAGAGCACAUCAUUGAUCAAGAUGACGACGGGGACAACUUCUAUGUCAUCGAAAGUGGGACGUUCAACAUCUUUGUAAAGAUUGAGGGCACAGAGAAGCUGGUGGGCUCCUAUGACAACCAGGGCAGCUUUGGAGAACUGGCGCUGAUGUACAACACCCCUAGGGCGGCCACCAUAAUUGCAACCUCGCCUGGAGCCCUUUGGUGCCUGGAUCGUCUUACAUUCCGGAGGAUUAUAGUGAAGAACAACGCCAAGAAGAGGAAGAUGUACGAAGCGUUCAUUGAAACUCUACCCCUACUCACAUCUUUAGAGGUGUCGGAGAGAAUGAAGGUAGUAGAUGUGCUGUCCACCAGGGUAUACAAUGACUCACAGCAAAUUAUUGCUCAGGGUGAUUUAGCGGAUUCCUUUUACAUCGUUGAGAGUGGCCAAGUUAGGAUCACCAUGAAAAGAAGCCGGACAAAAAAAGACGAGGAGGAGGAAGAGGAGCUCGAUAUUGCCACGUGCACGAGGGGCCAGUAUUUUGGGGAGUUGGCUCUUGUCACAAACAAGCCCAGAGCUGCAUCGGCAUAUGCUGUGGGGAGUGUCAAAUGCUUGGUCCUGGACGUGAAAGCGUUUGAGAGACUCCUCGGCCCUUGCAUGGACAUCAUGAAGAGGAAUAUCGCUAAUUACGAGGAGCAGCUGGUGGCCUUGUUUGGAAGUAGCGCUGGGAUUGAGCAACAGAGCGCAUAAAGCGACUCCAAUGAACCAUGAAGGAGACGGCAGACACAAAAAAGAAAAGAAAAGAAAAAUUCUCACUGUGGAUGUUUUCCACAACACUAUUCAAAACAGAAGAAGAAAUGUGAAUAUCCACUACGCCACAUUUGAGUGUCUUACGAUUAAGACUAAGAUAUGGCCCGUGUUAGCAGAGCGUAUGACAGAAAGUCACAACCUUGGAAGUUGCUUAAAGCCUGUUUUAUUACAUUAAUCAUGACUUUCACUGUAAAGAAUAUGUGUGCAUUUUACAUGUCAGAGUCAAGUGCUUCACUUUUUUUUAUAACCGAAACCCUUGGUUAUGCCUCACCCCAUUUUUUUUGACAACGGUAUUCUGAUAAAAAAAAAAAAGGUGUAUUAUUGCUUGUAAAUUUCUAAAUUUUACCAGUCGUAAAUAGGACGCCAAAGCUGAUUUGUGUUUGGAUAAUUAUGAGCAAUUUGGCGCCUUACCUUUGUCAGUAGGAGAAGUCCACAUGAACUACAGUGGCAUGAAAAAGUAUUUGCCUCCUUAUGGAUUUCUGCCCAUUUUGCUUCUUUUUGUCGGACACAAAUGUUUUAGAUAUUGAAACAAAUUUUAAUAUCAUGCAAGGAUAGCCUGAGUAAAAACAAAAUGCGGUUUUCAAAUGGCAAUUUCAUUUACUUAGAGAAAAACGUCUCCAAACUAACUGGCUCCUAUGCAACUGAAACUGUAACCGCUUCCCUUGUUAUACCUGCAUUAGCUAUAAUUAACCAUGUUUUCUUGUAAAAUGCCUAAUUGUGACUUUACUACUACCAGAUGUUAGGAAAUCACAAGAAAUCGUGUCUGAAGACAUGAUAGUCAUAACACGCAAACAGAAAUUUUGAACAAUUGAGAACUUUCAACAUGUCUACCAAAAUUGCUCUAGAACUGCAUUGGGAGUUUCCUUCAGCCCUUAACUGAGGGCUCUCUUCCCUCAGUUAAUUGCAAUGUUCAUCAUUCAAUCAUAAGAAAGAAUCAUGGCAAAAAUGUUAUCCUUGAAGGUUUCCAAGGCCAAAGCCCCAUCUCUUAUUAUCUUAGUAUCUUAACGAACCC